UUGCUUACCAAGUCUUUCUGGUAGCUAGCCAUAGGAAGCAACCUAGCUAGUAAAUGAUGGAGAUUACUUAUGGGCAUUUUAGUCAUUCCACGAAUUGCAUGACCAUGCAUGAAGAUCAAUUCCAGACAUUAAACGUUCGUGAAGAUGUGUCAUCGAUCUGCUAAUGUUAUAGACCUAGUCUCCCAAGGAGACUCGUUCUUACCUGCUUUUACAGGCCAUCAUGCGGACUGUGCUUCUGUCAACUGCAUGCAGUACUAUAUGUCAGAAUUCUUACGUCCUGAUCUCGGCCAUCCAUCCGAUUUUAUUUAACUGUGUAAAGACUACUACAAUCAUGUGGCAUCCAAAACAAUGGAUAUCUUUAGGUUUUCAAAGCUUCUCAUAUUCACUAGCUUUGUUCUUACUUCCUUUCAUGUUUUGCCUAGUCUUUCUUUUAUUUCAUUCGUGUUUGGAGACUCCCUCGUGGAUGCUGGGAACAAUGACUACCUUUUCACCCUCUCAAAGGCGAAUUUGCCUCCUUAUGGCAUCGACUUCAAGCCUUCGGGUGGGCAACCCACCGGAAGAUUCACCAAUGGUCGAACCAUACCCGACAUUAUAGGUCAAACCCUUGGAGCUGUGUCGUUUCCCCCACCUUACCUAGCUCCAAAUACUCAACCUGAUGCAAUUCAUGGAGGAAUAAAUUAUGCUUCUGGAGCUUCAGGCAUAUUGGACAAAACAGGAUCGCUGUUUAUAGGAAGAAUUCCGUUAAGUAAUCAGGUGAACUAUUUUGAGCAAAGUAGAAAUUACAUGGUAAAUGUAAUGGGAGAGAAACGUACAAAGGCAUUCCUAAAGAAGGCAAUAUUCUCUUUAACGACUGGGUCCAAUGAUAUGUUGAAUUAUGUUCAACCAUCCAUUCCCUUUCUUGGGGGUGACAAGGUUUUUCCCUCUACGUUCCAAGAUUAUAUGGUUUUUAACUUGACCACACAGCUUAAGCGUUUACAUGAAUUGGGGGCUAGAAAGUUCGUUGUGGUUGGGAUUGCACCACUGGGAUGCAUACCAUUUGUUCGUGCGCUGAAUUUACUACCAAGAGGAAAAUGCUCAGUUGAGGUCAAUACAUUGAUCCAAGGCUACAAUCAGAGACUGAACUCAACACUAGAUCAAUUGAAUCGACAGUUGGGACCAGAAUCUGUAUUUGUGUAUGCAAACUCCUAUGAUGUUUUCUCGAGGAUCAUACUAAGUUAUCGCCAUUACGGUUUUGAGAAUGCCGAUGAACCGUGCUGUGGAGGAAACUUCCCACCAUUUAUUUGCUUUAAGGGCAAUAAUAAUGCAAGCACAGCUACCUCUGUUCUGUGUGAUGAUCGAUCGAAGUAUGUGUUUUGGGAUGCAUAUCACCCAACAGAAGCUGUCAAUAUCAUCAUUUCCAAAAUGUUACUCGAUGGUGAUGAAAGCAUUAGCUUUCCAAUGAACAUCCGUGAACUUUACAACUACAACAACUCCUAGCUUUUCAAAAGAAGGACAUGAGACUGCAGAUUAAUCUUCCAAAAAUAAUGAUGUUGGAACUGGACCCAUGAACUGAAAUAAAACUAGGCCAGCCAUGAAUAUUAUUAUUGGAAUAAUUGUAGAAGAAGAUAGCAACCAUCUAGAAUAAACAGAGGUCAACCUUAGCUAAGGUUUCUGACUCAGGUAUUAACUCUCAAGCUAAGUCAACGGCGUCCCCCUCAUACUUUUUCUUUCCUAGCUCCCAACUAGAGUCGUUUCUUUUCAGAUCCAUCAUCAAUGAGAGUUCGAACUUCGAAGUGGCCUUUCCUAUAAGAGAUGGAGUUGACCACUGCUUCCCCAUGAUAAUUUUAUUAUGUUUGUCAACUACCACCUACACAUGAUUAAAUAAACCAUGGCAGUCAGCCAGAGAUGCCCCUGCUUACAUAUAUUUCAAGCACCUUUUGUAUCUUUGCUUUGCUUAAUUCGGACCAAAAAAGAAUUUUGGAAAAAUAAAUAAUUUAUUAAUUC